AGAUUUUUGCUUCCAAGAAACCCAGAGAAAUACUCAUGACUUUGAGUUUCAGUGGAGAGAGGAUGAUAGAAAUUACAAUAGAGUGCCUAUGAUAAAAAAAAAUUUUGCUGGUAGAAGGGAUGAACGUGAACGAACAGAUGCAGGAAGCAAGUGUAUUAAUAAUCAGCUUGGAUUAAACUUUGAAUCACAUCUUACUGAACAGCAGCUAUUUCAGGCUGAAGAGAACAUCUAUGAAUGUAAUCAAGUUCAGAAAUCUAUCAACAAUGAUUUCUCAAUUUCACUACCCCGAAGGAAACCUUCUAGCCUCAAAACCCAUAUUUCUAAUAAAUAUGGAACAGUUCCCAUUCGUGAACAGAAAAUACACAUUAUGGGAAAACCUUACAAAUGUAAUGAGUGUGGCAAAGCUUUUAGUCAUGACUCACAUCUCACUCGACAUCAGUUAAUCCAUUCUGGAGAGAAACAACAUAAAUGUGAUAAAUGUGGCAAGGUCUUUAGUCGCAAGUCAAACCUUUCACUACAUCGAAGAAUUCAUACUGGAGAGAAACCUUGCAAGUGUAAUGAGUGUGGCAAAGCCUUUAGUUUACCAUCAACACUUUAUAGACAUCAGAUAAUCCAUACUGGGGAGAAACCUUACAAAUGUAAUGAAUGUGGCAAAGCCUUUAGUGACAUUUCAACCCUUGCCAAACAUCAGAAUAUGCACACUGGAGAAAAACCUUACAAAUGUAAUGAAUGUGGCAGGGUCUUCAGUCGAGCUUCAAGCCUUACAAUUCAUCAUAGAAUUCAUACUGGAGAGAAACCGUAUAAAUGUAAUGAAUGUGGCAAAGUCUUCAAUCGAUGUUCGAGCCUUACAAGUCAUCGCAGAAUUCAUACAGGAGACAAGUGUUACAAGUGUAAUGAGUGUGGCAAGAUGUUCAGUCAACGUUCAAAUCUUUUAAGUCAUCAGAGAAUUCACACUGGAGAGAAAACUCACAAAUGUAAUGAAUGUGGCAAGGCAUUCAGCCAAAUUUCAUAUCUUGCAAGUCAUCAGAGAAUUCACACUGGAGAGAAAACUCACAAAUGUAAUGAAUGUGGCAAGGCAUUCAGCCAAAUUUCAUAUCUUGCAAGUCAUCAGAGAAUUCACACUGGAGAGAAAACUCACAAAUGUAAUGAAUGUGGCAAGGCAUUCAGCCAAAUUUCAUAUCUUGCAAGUCAUCAGAGAAUUCACACUGGAGAGAAAACUCACAAAUGUAAUGAAUGUGGCAAGGCAUUCAGCCGAAUUUCACAUCUC